GCUCCGUUUCGGUUUCACUUCCGGUGAGGGGCCGCCUCAGAGCGGGUGGUUAGCCGACGGCGGGCGCAGGCGGCGGCGGUGACUGCGGCGCCGCUGCCGGGGGGCGUGCAGCAGCGCGGCGGCAGCGGCGGCUGGGCCUCGAGCGCCCGCAGCCCACCUCUCAGGGGCGGGCUCCCGGAGCGAGCAGGGCGGACGAGAAGAUGGAGGAGCUGGUGGUGGAAGUGCGGGGCUCCAAUGGCGCUUUCUACAAGGCAUUUGUAAAAGAUGUUCAUGAAGAUUCAAUAACAGUGGCAUUUGAAAACAACUGGCAGCCAGAGAGGCAGAUUCCAUUCCAUGAUGUGAGAUUCCCACCACCUGUAGGUUAUAAUAAAGAUAUAAAUGAAAGCGAUGAAGUUGAGGUUUAUUCCAGAGCAAAUGAAAAAGAGCCUUGCUGUUGGUGGUUAGCUAAAGUGAGGAUGAUAAAGGGUGAGUUUUAUGUGAUAGAAUAUGCAGCAUGUGAUGCUACAUACAAUGAAAUUGUCACAAUUGAACGUUUACGAUCAGUUAAUCCCAACAAACCUGCCACAAAAGAUACUUUCCAUAAAAUCAAACUGGACGUGCCAGAAGACUUACGGCAAAUGUGUGCCAAAGAAUCGGCACAUAAGGACUUUAAAAAGGCAGUUGGUGCCUUUUCUGUAACUUAUGAUGCAGAAAACUAUCAGCUUGUCAUUUUGUCUAUCAAUGAAGUCACCUCAAAGCGUGCACACAUGCUGAUUGACAUGCACUUUCGGAGUCUGCGCACUAAGCUGUCUCUGAUACUGAGAAAUGAGGAAGCCAGUAAGCAGCUAGAGAGUUCAAGGCAACUUGCCUCAAGGUUUCACGAACAGUUUAUCGUACGAGAAGAUCUGAUGGGUCUAGCUAUUGGUACUCAUGGUGCUAAUAUUCAGCAAGCUAGAAAGGUACCUGGGGUCACAGCUAUCGAUCUAGAUGAAGAUACCUGCACAUUUCAUAUUUAUGGGGAGGAUCAGGAUGCAGUGAAAAAGGCUCGAAGCUUUCUGGAAUUUGCUGAAGAUGUCAUACAAGUUCCAAGGAACUUAGUAGGCAAAGUAAUAGGAAAAAAUGGAAAACUGAUUCAGGAGAUUGUGGACAAGUCAGGAGUUGUGAGGGUGAGAAUUGAAGCUGAAAAUGAGAAAAAUGUUCCACAAGAAGAGGAAAUUAUGCCACCAAAUUCCCUACCUUCCAGUAACUCAAGGGUUGGACCUACUCCUUCAGAAGAAAAAAAGCAUAUAGAUGUAAAGGAAAACAGCACUCAUUUUUCUCAGCCUAACAGCACAAAAGUCCAGAGGGUGUUAGUGGUUUCAUCAAUUGUAGCAGGGGAAUCCCAGAAACCUGAACUCAAGGCUUGGCAGGGUAUGGUACCAUUUGUUUUUGUGGGAACAAAAGACAGCAUCGCUAAUGCCACUGUUCUUCUGGAUUAUCACCUGAACUAUUUAAAGGAAGUAGACCAGUUGCGUUUGGAGAGAUUACAAAUUGAUGAGCAGUUGCGACAGAUUGGAGCUAGUUCUAGACCACCACCAAAUCGUACAGAUAAGGAAAAAGGCUAUGUGACUGAUGAUGGUCAAGGAAUGGGUCGAGGUAGUAGACCUUACAGAAAUAGGGGGCACGGCAGACGCGGUCCUGGAUAUACUUCAGGAACUAAUUCUGAAGCAUCAAAUGCUUCUGAAACAGAAUCUGACCACAGAGAUGAACUCAGUGAUUGGUCAUUAGCUCCAACAGAGGAAGAGAGGGAGAACUUCCUGCGCAGAGGAGACGGGCGACGGCGUGGAGGUGGAGGAAGAGGACAGGGAGGAAGAGGACGCGGAGGUGGCUUCAAAGGAAACGAUGAUCACUCCCGAACAGAUAAUCGUCCACGUAAUCCAAGAGAGGCUAAAGGAAGAGCCGCAGAUGGAUCCCUCCAGAUCAGAGUUGACUGCAAUAAUGAAAGGAGUGUCCACACUAAAACAUUACAGAAUACCUCCGGUGAAGGCAACCGGCUGCGUACGGGUAAAGAUCGUAACCAGAAGAAGGAAAAGCCAGACAGCGCGGAUGAUUUACAGAGGAAAAAUAUGUGAAGGACCUUCACUCUAAGAUGUUAUAUUUUUCUUAAAAAAUAACUCCAAGUAGGGGUACCACUGAAUCUGUACAGAGCCGUACAAACCGAAGUUCUGCCUCUGAUGUAUUUUGUGGGUUUGUUUCUUUGAAUUUUCAUUUUACGGUUACUUUUCCUUGCAUACAAAUAAGCAUAUAAAAAUGGCAACAAACUGCACAUGAUUUCAAGAAUAUUAAAAAGUCUUUUAAAAGUAUUGCCAAACAUUAAUGUUGAUUUCUAGUUAUUUAUUCUGGGAAUGUAUAGUAUUUGAAAACAGAAAUUGGUACCUUGCACACAUCAUCUGUAAGCUGUUUGGUUUAAAAUACUGUAGAUAAUUAACCAAGGUAGAAUGACCUUGUAAUGUAACUGCUCUUGGGCAAUAUUCUCUGUACAUAUUAGCAACAACAGAUUGGAUUUUAUGUUGACAUUUGUUUGGUUAUAGUGCAAUAUAUUUUGUAUGCAAGCAGUUUCAAUAAAGUUUGAUCUUCCUCUGCUAAAUUGACGUUGAUGCAAUCCUUACAAAUGAUUGCUUUUAAAAUUUUAAGAUAGGAAAAGAAAUCUAUAAAACGUUCUGUUACAAAAUGUAACUGUAUUACCAUUGGAAAUUUCACAUGUCAUAGGAAGUUAGCCGUUAUCUACCAACUUUCAAGAACUUGAUCUUGUUUAAUAAGGUGAAAAAAGUCAACAAAAUGGUACAAAAGCACAUUGUGCCAUUACAAUAUGCACUAAGUCUCUUUUUUACAAAGGCUGAAUUCAGCAAGGCGCUAACUUGCUUAAAUGUGAAUUACUAACUUCUAAAACUGUAAUUUGAGUCACAUGUUUUCAAACGGAGUUGGAGUUUAUUCAUAUUACAAUAUUUGUGUGCUAAACGUGUAUGUUUUUCAGUUCAAAGUCAUGUUUUUAAAAUCUUAUUAAAGUUUCAAAAAUCUGAAGAUUGUUUAUCUAGAUGUAAAUUUUUAUUA